GUGUCAAUUGUACCGGAAGAAGCCCUUUCCGCGAGCCGGGGCGGCGAUUUCCGGCUUGUUGAAGAAAGUUCAUCAGGAACGGUCUGUGGGUUCCUGGAUUUUGAAAAUGGACGGACAAGGAAGGAAAGUGGUGGUUUGUGACAAUGGAACUGGGUUUGUGAAGUGUGGCUAUGCUGGUUCCAACUUCCCCGAGCACAUCUUCCCAGCCCUGGUGGGACGACCCAUCAUCCGUUCUACGGCCAAAGUGGGCAACAUCGAGAUCAAGAAUAACAAAAAGAUGGACCUGAUGGUGGGAGACGAAGCCAGCGAACUGCGCUCCAUGCUGGAGGUGAACUACCCCAUGGAGAACGGCAUCGUGCGCAGCUGGGACGACAUGAAGCACCUGUGGGACUACACCUUCGGACCCGAGAAGCUCAACAUCGAGUCGCGCAACUGCAAGAUCCUCCUCACCGAGCCGCCCAUGAACCCCACCAAGAACCGGGAGAAGAUCAUCGAGGUGAUGUUCGAGACCUAUCAGUUCUCGGGUGUUUACAUUGCCAUUCAGGCAGUGCUGACACUCUAUGCUCAAGGUCUGCUGACGGGUGUGGUGGUCGACUCUGGUGACGGAGUCACACACAUCUGCCCCGUCUACGAGGGCUUCUCCCUGCCCCACCUGACCAGGCGGCUGGAUAUCGCAGGGAGGGACAUCACCCGCUAUCUCAUCAAGCUGCUGCUUCUGAGGGGCUACGCCUUCAACCACUCGGCAGACUUCGAGACGGUGCGCAUGAUGAAGGAGAAGCUCUGCUACGUGGGCUACAACAUCGAGCAGGAGCAGAAGCUGGCACUGGAGACCACUGUGCUGGUGGAGUCCUACACGGUGCGUCCCGGAGCCAUCAUGGCGGCCACAUUCUGCGAAUUACCCACAAUACAACUCGUGCAUCAUACGUCCUGUGAAGUUAUGCUUCAUACAUCCUUGAAGCUUCCUCAUUUUGAACAUUUAUUAAAAUAUUAAGGCCAUAUCCCACAAUUCCUUUCCAAUCCAAACCCAGCCUAUUUAGAAUGUGAAUAGCGAUCUUCAGCUGAGAGCAGUACUGCAUGCCCCCGAUACAAGUAAAACGAAGAAAGGUGACGUGGUUCACUUUUUUGCCUAUUUAAC